CCUUCGGGGUGGUGUCUGCCGAGGAGUGGGCGCGGCUGGGAGCGUGGGUCUCCGGAGGAGAGAGGUCGGGUAGGGGCCUCCGGGGCGGGGCCCACAGCGCGUACUUAAGCGGCCCGGCGGAGUACCGGCGUCCCGCCAUGGCUCUGAGGCGCGUCUUGUCCUCGCUGCGUCCCAGCAUUCCCCGCCUCGCCCCGCUGUCCACGGCGCCGGCCGCCCGCGAGGAGUCCGCCGCGGGCCCCGGGCCGGUGCCAGGACGUGGGUCGGCCGAGGCGGUGCGGCCGCCGGUGCCCGCCGUGGACUUCGGCAACACGCAGGAGGCGUACCGCAGCCGGCGCACCUGGGAGCUGGCGCGCAGCCUGCUGGUGCUGCGUUUGUGCGCCUGGCCCGCGCUGCUGGCGCGCCACGAGCAGCCCUGGCUCUCCUCUGCUGGAGCUCCCCCAGUUCUCCAUGCCAUUUCCUCCUUGGCAAGCCCCACUCCUGCAUCUAGAACCGCCAAGGUACGGAUACAUAGGAUGGCCUCAAAACGCCCGCUGCUGUCCCCAGGGAGGCCGGCCGUUCUCCUUUUUAUCUGCCAAGUGGUUGUCAGGGAACAGUGUGCUCAGCUGCUGUAUGUUGCCAGGAAACUUCUAGGUGAGAGGCUAUUCAACAAGCUGAUGAAGAUGACCUUCUAUGGGCACUUCGUAGCCGGCGAGGACCAGGAGUCCAUCCAGCCCUUGAUCCGGCACAACAGGGCCUUCGGCGUUGGCACCAUCCUGGACUACGGAGUGGAGGAAGACCUGAGCCCCGAGGAGGCUGCGCACGGGGAGAUGGAGUCCUGCCCCUCAGCUGCGGAGAGGAGUGGCAGUGGCACGAAUAAGCGGGAGAAGCAAUACCAGGCCCACCGGGCCUUCGGGGACCGCAGGGAUGGCGCCAUCAGUGCCCGCACCUACUUCUACGCCAACGAGGCCAAGUGCGACAGCCACAUGGAGACAUUGUUGAGCUGCAUUGAGGCCUCAGGUGCAGCCAGCGAUGACGGCUUCUUAGCCAUUAAACUCACGCUACUGGGGAGACCCCAGUUUCUGCUGCGGUUGUCAGAUGUGCUGACCAAGUGGAGAUGCUUCUUUCACCAAAUGGCUGCGGAGCAAGGGCAGGCGGGCCUGGCUGCCAUGGACACCAAGCUGGAGUUGGCGGUGCUGCAGGAAAGCAUCACAAAGAUGGGCAUCGCAUCCAGGGCUGAGAUCGAGGACUGGUUCACAGCAGAGACCCUGGGAGUGUCUGGCACCGUGGACUUGCUGGACUGGAGCAGCCUCGUCGGCAGCAGGACCAAGCUCUCCAAGCACCUGGUGGUCCCCAACGCACAGACAGGACAACUGGAGCCCCUGCUGUCCCAGUUUACUGAGGAGGAGGAGCUGCAGCUGACGAGGAUGCUGCAGCGGAUGGACGUCCUGGCCAAGAAAGCCACAGAGGUGGGUGUGCGGCUGAUGGUGGACGCCGAGCAGACCUACUUCCAGCCGGCCAUCAGCCGCCUGACGCUGGAGAUGCAGCGCAGGUUCAACGUGGAGAGGCCGCUCAUCUUCAGCACGCACCAGUGCUACCUCAAGGAUGCCUAUGACAAUGUGACCCUGGAUGUGGAGCUGGCUCGCCGUGAGGGCUGGUGUUUUGGGUCCAAGCUGGUGCGGGGCGCAUACAUGGCCCAGGAGCGAGCCCGUGCGGCAGAGAUCGGCUAUGAGGACCCCAUCAACCCCACGUACGAGGCCACCAACACCAUGUACCACAGGUGCCUGGACCACGUGUUGGAGGAGCUGAAGCACAACGCCAAGGCCAAGGUGAUGGUGGCUACCCACAACGAGGACUCAGUGCGCUUCACGCUGCGCAGGAUGGAGGAGCUGUGCCUGCAUCCCGCUGGCCACCAGGUGUAUUUUGGCCAGCUGCUAGGCAUGUGUGACCAGAUCAGUUUCCCGCUGGGCCAGGCCGGCUACCCCGUGUACAAGUAUGUGCCCUACGGCCCGGUGAUGGACGUGCUGCCCUACCUGUCCCGCCGGGCCCUGGAGAACAGCAGCCUCAUGAAGGGCGCCCGUCGGGAGCGGCAGCUGCUGUGGCUGGAGCUCUUGCGGCGGCUCCGAACUGGCAGCUUCUUCCAUCGCCCUACCUAGCACCCUCGAGCCCACCCUCGGCCUCCAGUCACCCCAGCCCUGGCCUCCAGGGACCCUCGCCCUCCAGGCCAUCACCAUCCUCACACAGAUUCACCGUUCUUCACCCCACACUUCAGAGCUGCUGGAUGUGGGCCAGGUGCCUCCCAGCCCCGCCCAGGGUGUGGGCUGAACCUGAUACCUGCCUGAGAAAGCUGCUGGGAACUGUCGGGAACUCUCCUCGGAUGUGUGGGCCCAAGCCUCUACCUCCGUGACCCGCAUGUCCUUGGACCUAGAGGAUUGUCUGCCUUCUGCCAGGGGCAGCCCACAGAGCUCAAGCCCCUCGGGGAGCAGUGGCCGGGCUGGGGAGGCCUGCCUGGUCAAUAAACCACUGUUCCUGCAGCUGA